GACACACUCAAAUGAAGAAGUCGAGCCAUUCGAGUCAUCAAUCUACCUAGAUCUUAACUGCCAUUCGUUCAAAAAUAAGUUCAUUACUAUCAGAGAGGGCUUUGAUUGCUGAACUAUGAAUGAGCCUCGGAUCUGGGUCACCAGAACCUCAGCUGGAAGAUGAAAUGAAGCGAGCCUCAAACAGCCUUGUCGAUGGAUCUACCUGCGGGACUUGGGACUUGACUCUAUAUUCUUCCACGUAUCUGACCGUCACAAGGCUAACGAUGUUCCAGCCUGAUGCUCACCAUAAAUAUUCCCACUAUUGACUUCGUGGCAACUGUCUUGAGGCUCUACUCUCCUCUCGAUAUCUCUCUAUGCCUGCUCUGAGAUCAACCGUGCAAGAGCUGUUCUUCGUCGGUCGCGAUGGAUUAAGGGUGUUCUUCUCUACUCUAUGCCUUCAUACGGAUACGUCGUGGACUCUAGACAGCCCAGCAGGUAAAGAUACGGAAGUUUGGAGCACGAUGGUGAUCAGAUGUCGAUAUACUGGUGAACAAUCGGACAAAUGAGUGUGGAUAACUCAACUCGGCUUCGCAGCGAUUGUUUACGGCUGGCAUAUAUAGCUCCGAAAAAAGCAGUACUUAUUUUGCAGUCAAGAGUGGUUUCAUGAUCUCGUCAAGUCCUGGGUCUCAUUGUCCGUAACUUGGAGUGGUGUGAGUACCGCCCUCAGGUGUUUGCACCCGGCCGGAUGAGCCGUGGACUGGCAAAUGAGGAAGAAGAAGGUUGUGUAUGUUGCUAGUAGCAUCUCUCAAGUCGUACUAUGGCAUUCGGCGGGCCAUGACGUUGUGUUGGGGGUUGCUCGGAAAAUAUGCGGGCAGAAAUAAAAGUAUGGCCAUCAUGUUACGUAGCUUGGUGUCUACCAUCCACCGCAUCCUUCUGCCCCGCGAUUCUCUAUACAACUUGUACUCCUGCUGCUACCUACCCAUAUUCAUAGCACCACAUUUUCUCUCACCCAGCAGCUUGAAUACCAGACGUCUCAUAACUAAUACUGAAUUGAAUCCUACACUCUGUCUCCCUCGCCAUCAUGGUGAACAUCAAAGAAGUCCAGUUCAAGCCCUUUACUGACCAGAAGCCAGGCACUUCGGGUCUCCGUAAGAGAGUCACAGUCUUUCAACAACCACACUACAGCGAAUCCUUCAUCACCUCCAUCCUCCUCUCCAUUCCUGAAGGUGCAGAGGGCGCAUUCCUGGUUAUCGGCGGUGACGGAAGAUACUGGAACCCAGAAGUUGUCCAGCUCAUUGCAAAGAUUGGUUCCGCGUACGGCGUGAAGAAGCUACUCAUCGGUCAGAACGGUAUCCUGAGCACGCCUGCUGCCAGCAAUGUCAUCCGCAAGCGCAAGGCCACUGGCGGUAUCUUGCUCACCGCCAGCCACAACCCCGGUGGUCCCAAUGCCGACUUCGGUAUGAAGUACAACCUUUCCAACGGCGCCCCGGCUCCCGAGUCGGUCACCAACAAAAUCUACGAAAUCUCCAAGAACCUCACAUCCUACAAGAUUGCAGACAUCCCCGAUAUUGACAUCACCACGAUCGGUACGAAAAAGUAUGGCGACUUGGAAGUUGAGAUUAUCGACUCGGUCGCCGACUAUAUCACCAUGUUGAAGGAAAUCUUUGAUUUCGACCUCAUCCGCUCGUUCUUGAAGUCGCAGCCCGAUUUCAAGAUUCUGUUUGACGGGUUGAAUGGUGUUACCGGCCCCUAUGGUGUUGCCAUUUUCCAGAAGGAGCUGGGCUUAGGCCCUGAGAGCACUCAAAAUUGCGAGCCAAAACCUGAUUUUGGCGGCCACCAUCCCGAUCCAAACCUGACAUAUGCCCACUCCCUGGUUGAGCGGGUGGAGAGGGAGAACAUACCGUUCGGUGCUGCCUCUGACGGAGAUGGUGACCGGAACAUGAUCUAUGGCAAGAACGCUUUCGUGUCACCCGGUGAUUCUUUGGCCAUCAUCGCUCACUAUGCGAAGAAAUACAUCCCGUACUUUCAAAAGCAAGGUGUAUAUGGCCUCGCCAGAUCCUUCCCUACUUCUGCUGCGCUGGACUUGGUGGCUAAGAAGCAAGGAUUGUCGCUCUAUGUGGUUCCCACUGGAUGGAAAUUCUUCUGCGCACUCUUCGACACCAACAAGAUGUCCAUCUGUGGCGAGGAGUCCUUCGGCACAGGCUCCAACCACAUUCGAGAGAAGGAUGGUCUCUGGGCUAUCACGGCUUGGCUCAACAUCGUUGCAGGCGUGGGCAAGGAUACUGGCAAAGUGCCGUCUAUUGGCGAGAUCCAGAAGCAGUUCUGGAAUGAGUACGGCCGCGUCUACUUCACUCGCUAUGACUAUGAGAACGUCAGCAGCGAUGGUGCCAACGACAUGGUCAGCUACUUGAAGGACAAGAUCUCGAAGCCAGACACCGUCGGUUCAAAGGUGCAAGGACACAAGAUUACCGAAGCCGGCGACUUCUCAUACACCGAUCUGGAUGGAUCUGUGUCUAAGAACCAGGGCAUUUACUUCAAGUUCGACGACGGCACCCGGGUUGUUGUCCGACUUUCUGGAACUGGCAGCAGCGGUGCCACCAUCCGCCUGUAUGUUGAGAAGCUGGAAGAGGACAGAAAUAAGGUGCUUGAAGACACACAGACGUACCUCAAGGGAGCCGUCGGCGUGGCCACUGAGUUGUUGCAACUUCAGAAAUUCAUUGGCCGAACUGACCCGGAUGUAAAGACUUAGAUUUCGUUGGAAGAUGUCGGCAUCCGGCAGCCCUGUCACCGGGGUUACUCAUCUUGGACGAUUCAACCUCCAGAUAGUACAUAGUCAGCCUUCCCAUAGUGGAAACUGGGCAAAAUGAGCCCGAAAAAGACUGCUUGAAGCAAUGAUAAAUGAUAUGCAAUGUCAGAUUGAGUCUUACUGUUCCAUAGAAGGAGUAAAUUUCUCUACUAACGGUGGUUCAGAUGCCAACGGCAACGGACAACCCCUCAAGAUUGCAUACCUGUCUAGGGCAGUUCAGUGCCCAUGUAUUGCUGCCUGAUUGUCGUUAUACCACUGUACACAAGAAGAAAACCAGGCUUGGUCGCUGCACGCCAUCUUAACUGAAGGGUUACUUAGUACUGGUAGGUAGUCUAUCAGCUAGUCCA